GGAUUUCAAUCGCAAUUUCCGAGACACGGGACCUUUCCCCACCAUCAUCUAUCUUAGCUGGCUUCCAUGGAUGUUCCUUCUCAGAAAUCCCAAUUCCCUCCCCUCCAUCCCUUUAUAAAGCAUCACUCUUCAUUCUCAUCAUCUUCAGACCAAAUAACAACAUCAACGUAAACACAAAGAACAAAACAUAGAAACCCAUUUUUAAAAAAAUAAAACAACAAAACAUCAUACAGCAGCUCUAAUGGCGUCACCAAAGUCACCAACAAGACCAACCGAACAAAACCCACAACCACCCAGUUUCCACGAUUACCUUCCCGCGAUGGCCGGAAACCUAGGCGGAGAAGGCCUGAUCGGAGAGCUCUGCAACGGAUUCGAGCUGCUGAUGGACAGAGAGAAAGGAGUCAUCACGUUCGACAGUCUCCGACGAAACGCAGCGGUGGUUCUCGGUCUCGGGGAUUUGACUGACGAAGACGUCAGGUGUAUGAUUAAAGAAGGUGAUUUCGACUGCGACGGUGCGUUGAAUCAGAUGGAGUUUUGUGUUUUGAUGUUUAGGCUUAGCCCUGAUUUGAUGGAAGCGUCUCGUUGUCUCGUCACGGAAGCUAUUGAGGAGGAGUUCGGUGAUUGCUCUCGUCGCCGGCAUUGAAAACACCGGAGAGAGAGAGAGAGAGAGAGAGAGAGAGAGAGAGAGAGAUUUGGGGAUCAUGAUUCAUCUUCCUCUUAAUUGAUUUAAUUCGAUUCAUUCGUUGUUACUUAUUUCCCACAUUAAUUAAUGUUACCAAAUUCACAUAA